AUGGACAAGAUACGUUCGCCUCCAAGGCACGACAAGCCGGUCUACACGCGCACCAAGACGGGAUGUCUGACUUGCCGCCUCCGACGGAAAAAAUGUGAUGAAAUCAGACCAACCUGCACUGGCUGCGCACGUAAUUUCAUCGACUGCCAAUGGCCGGUUCCGCUGGAUCCAGACCAAGGCUCCAGAGCUCGACUAGCCAGGCGCAAGGAGAGACAGUCUGCCUCAAGGAGCACAAGUACCGGUACAAGCACCAGGAGUAUCACCAGUCUACCAGGGGAAAUUACGUUUGUUUUUGACAGACAUUCGCCCAAGUCUGCAGGACAUGACGACGCUUCUCCUUGCCCAGCUCUAUUGGUCGAUGUUGAGCCUAAAGACGAUGACGGAGAUGAAAAGCCUGAAUCAGUCAUCCUCUGGCAACCACUGACGGCGUCCUUUGUCAGCUCCGAGCGGGCUCUUCUGCUCAAUCCCAGCUCACUUCUGUUACUCCAACACUAUUUGGAAGCCACGUCCACUUUCCUGGUAGCGAAGCCCCUCUCCAGCAAUCCAUUCAUCACCCUCGUCCUGCCUUUGGCCUACUCAGACGAUCUCCUUAUGCAUGCUGUGCUCGCCUUGAGCGGAACUCAUCUCAGUUACAAAAAGCGCGAUGACCUAAAAAUCCAAUUAGCAACGCGCCAGCAUUAUUCGUUGCUGUUGCGAAAUCUUCGGUCUUUGUUCGCAGAUGAAUCAUCUCAUGACGAUAUCCGCAGGACACUGCGCCUGCUUCUGGUCUUGGUUGUACUUUGCCAUGUUGAGGCUCUGUCUGGUGAACCGCAUGGCGGUAUCUUCCCGCACUUACGGGCGAGCCGUGAACUCGUCCUCAAGCUCCUGCGAGAGCCGCAGCCAACGCUUCAAGAUGAUGUGAAGUUGGUCAAAGGAUUUGCAUUGGAGGUGUACUUGUACUUGGUCUUGGUGAACAGCAUUACGCCCUACGGCCGCGACAAAGCUCGUGCUCUCCCUUUCGACUCGUUCUUCUCUUCUCUGGAUUUCCUGAAAGAAUACGAGACUUUCGGAGUCUUCUUCAGUUGUGGACAAGGUCUCUUCGAGAUGAUCUCUCAAGUCUCCCUCCUAGCGAUGAAGAGGCUGACAGAAGAGGAAUCCGGCUUGUGCAGCGCCGAAACCCAAUCUGAUUACGAACGCUUGGUCGACACGAUCAGCCAGUGGCGGUCGCCGCCGGUGGCCCCCGAAAUGAUGGAAUGGCAAGCGGAGCAUGUCUGGAUUGGAGAGGUUUAUCAGCAGGCUCUCUUGAUAUUUAUCAAGACUUCUAUGUGUGGCUCCAUUGUCAGCAACCCCAAGGUCAUUGUCGCAAUUCAGGGUCAUAUUGACACGGCAUUUCCUCUGUUUGUGCCCGUGUCCAUGUCGCCCUUCAUCACUAUAUUGCUGUGGCCAAUCAUGAUCGUCGGCUCUUGCUUGAUUUGCGAACAUCAACGCAAAGAAUAUCUUCGCUGGUUAUAUUCGGAAACCAAGAUCAACAUUUCGCAAGUGGGCCAGGCUGCAAAACUCCUGGAACAUCUGUGGAAGGACGAGGAUGAGCGCGCUUAUGGGCCCUUCGGUCUACACUUUGUCAUGAAAAAGCAUGACAUCAAUUUCAGCAUGGCUUGA